AACGCACCUUAAUUGAUUAAAUGGGAAAGGAAAUGGCGAGCAGGGUAAAGCAUACCAGAUUCGUCUCGUUAUUCGUGGUUUUUCUGUCUGUCUGCUGCGUUUUCUUUGCAGAAAAAAGUGAUGUAGGAACUCUGGAAAGAGUCCAAAUAAGAUGUGGUGAAGUGGAAGUGAGAAUCACCGUAAAGCGAGAGUUUUUUGAGGAGAAACGUAUUCCGUUCAAACCUGGUAAUCUUCGGCUUGGAGCAAACUCAACACAGCAGGAGGAGGAGGAGGAGUCCUGCAGAGCAAAGGGACCUGUGUCUGACUCUGACUCUGAGCUGGUGGUCAUCAUCUCUGCAGGGCUACACGACUGUGGGACUGAGUCCAGUGUUCAUGGAGAGUGGCUUGUGUAUUCUAACCAGCUGGUACUGUCUCCUGCUGUGGUUCCCACCUCUACUACAGGCAGUGUGAUAGUUAAAGGUGCAGCUACUGUCAUCAUACCUGUCGAGUGUCACUAUAAGAGAAAGCAGACAGUGAAUGGAGAACCAUUAACCCCAACCUGGCUACCCAUGACAUCCACUAUCAGUGCAUUUGGCCUUCUGCACUUCUCCCUCCGCACCAUGGCAGAUGACUGUACCUCUCUACGUAGUUCCUCAGUGUAUCAGCAGGGGGAAGCAGUGUUUCUGGAGGCCAGCGUGGACGCCCCGCUGCACCCUCCUCUCGCUCUAUAUGUCGACUCCUGUGUUGCUACGCUGAAGCCGGACCCUCUCUCCUCGCCAAGCUACAAGUUCAUCACCAAGCAUGGAUGUCUUAUGGACAGCGUAUUGCCGGGGUCUUCAUCUAAAUUCCUCCCUAGGGAGCAAGAUAACAGACUGUGCUUCAGUGUCCAAGCCUUCCACUUCAACCAGUCGUCUGGGGAACAGAUGUUCAUCAGCUGCCACAUCAGGGCCACUCUGAAACAAAACUCACACAGCCACCUUGAUAAAGCCUGCUUCUUCCACAGGCCCACAUUCAGCUGGCGGGCCACAGAGGGAGACAAUGCUCCGUGUGGAUGCUGUGACUCUGAUGACUGCUUUAGACAGACUGGACACACAGCUAAACCAGAUACAGAAAAGAAGCAUGAGGCGGACACAACAGUUGGGCCACUUCUCACCCUGCCACGCUCCCAUUGGAUAGGCUGUCUGUCAGUCCAUCGCUAAAGAGCAAUUACAAUUAGGCUGCUGUGAAAGAGCGCAUUCAGCAUGUGGCACAGAGGAACGAGGCUGGGUGCCCCACAUGACCCACAACAGUAGAACCACUCUCAUUGCCAAGUGGACCCUUGGAGUUCAGAGUAUGCUGCGCUCUCAAUGGAUGUUAGAAGCUUGUUUGAAGUUUGAAUUUCUUAAUAAGGCCAACUAAUAGCUCAAUUGUAGAACCACCCUGUUCUAAAUAAGGGAUAAACAAGGAAA